AUAGACUAGAUUCACAAAGGCUCCAUUUGAAGAAAAUGAGGUCAACUGGGUUGUUGUUGUGCAUUUUUGCUUUAGCUUGGGGUUUGUCCAAUGGUGAAUUAACAUGCUAUAGCUGCCAGGGAAAAGAUGAUGAGUGUCCACAUCUCUUAAAUGAAUCAAAUUUACCCCAUAUCACUCCGUGUGGGGGAGUCCUUAGCACUGUAUGUACCAAAAUUUCUAUUGAGUAUCCCAAUGGGGAUUAUUAUACAUAUAGAAAUUGUGCCCCAAGCAGUCUUGAAUACGGUGAUAACGGAAUGGACUUUUGCUCAUUUAUUGAAUUCCUCUACACACCUUUUAAAACAGAUUCACUAAUCAAUCACGUCGACUGUGUAGUUUGUAAUAGUUACGAAUGUAAUACGUAAAUUUACGUGAAAAACCACAUCUCAUGUAAAAAAACUUAAGAACCGAUUGUUUGAGAAACGAUUAAGAAUAGGAUUAAACCAUAUGGGUUAA